AAGCUAGCCUACACUUGGGAAGACUUUGAGAUAGCGCCUUACCCUGGCUUUACUUCCGCCGCCGACGCCGUGAUCAAGAAGUUUUGGCGCAAUUAUAGGGUGGCGACUGAGCAUAAGGAGAGGGCGGACGUGGUGCUCCGUAACAUGUGUCGGAAGUUGACACGGCAGCAGUGGUACAACCAGAGGAUCACGUGCAUCGGCCACUUCUAUGCUGAGCAGGGCGUAAGGUACACAAAGCCUGAGAUUGUGCAGGGACUCGCCCCGGCUAUGACGAUAGAUGACUUCAUGUCGGUUGUACCACAUUGGGCUGAUAAUAAUAAGAGGGCCGCCUUCAUGGAGUUGGUCAAGAAUUGGGUCGGCGAAAACCCCGAUUUCAAGGCCGUGAGCGACCGGAACAAGGCCAACCGUGGGAAUCAGGGGAACACACACUCGCGGGGAGCAGCAGCACCGAUCGCUAUCGGGAGCGUCCGGUACAUAUAA